GUUGAGGUGUUCGGUUUGUCGAAAUGCCAUCGGGUUGAAUCCUGUGUCGAGGGCCGGUUUCUCGCUGCCACCACCCACUUUUGUAGUCCCUCCAGUUUGAAGAGCUGCUAGAAGCUGCCUGCUGCAGUGGUGGAUGUAGAAGGAAUAAGAAGCAGAAGCUGAAGUGGCCUCUCGGCCGGAAACAAUGUGUGCGAGCGAGUGAGGAGGAUGAGGGUCGCCGUCAUUUUCGGUCUCAUUCCGACAGAUGCAGAUUGGAUCGGAUUGCAUCCGGAAGAGAAGCUUUUCCUCCUAGAAGUGUUCUGAGUGCAACUCUGUGCUUGUGCAGGGGUGGAAAACUCAAUCCAGAAGGGGAAUGCAGUUGGGCGUUGGAUGGGGAUGACUAGUGUGUGGCGAGACGCUGUGUGCCAAUAAGAAGAAAAUUGUCUGAGGAGAAAGCGCGGCUGAAAAGGAAAAGUGAAACAUACGAAGGAAAAGCGCCAAAAUUUUGCCCGUCUGUGAACUGGUGCUCGUUUCUUCAUGGUCGCAGGAUGUUGUGAAGACUUUUCGGCAGAGAAUUCGAAGGUGAAACGAGAUGCGGUGUGUUUGUGCUAGUUUCUAGUUGCGGAUUUCGGUCGUGGGUGUGUUCGAGGAAGAUAUUUUCCACCGUCGACGUUCUACUUGUGAAUGAAACUGAGUGCAUCUUGGAUUUCGAUGAAACUGAAGUUGUGCCAAUGAAUCGCUAAAUGGGGAGCGGAAGGAUUCCGGAAAGAAAAAACUAACACAAAACUCCAGUGCUCAAUUCCUAGGAUUGAAAUAGAAGUGACCUACGGGACGAAUGUGCAGGAAUUAAAAAAAACGUAAACGAAAGGCUGAUCAAUACAUCGGUGGUGAGCGAAUGGACGGGAGUCGCUAAGCGAGAGUGAGAGAAAUUAGCCGCCCAGUCGGUGUGUGUAUAAAUUUUGCAAAUCGACCCUCCCUGAGACCCAACCCCCCAAGUUAUGGUCCAGGCAGGGUGACAAAUUGUCCCAGCAGCUGCGAAAAGGGAAAACUCAUACCGUACAACAACACAUAAAUUAUUGAUUGGAUUUCGAUCACAUACGGAGCGUUUUAUGGUGGAGACGUAUAUAAAAAAGGGGGAUAAAACUGAGAUUUGUGCGUAGUGGUGCAGUGCAGCAUAUUUGAGCGGCCAUAUCGGUGGAUAUCGGUGGAGUGAAAAAUAUUGUGUCGCCGUGCUCCGAGCAGGACUUUGUGCGGUUGCUGCAAUCGAUCUUUGACGGUGAUAAAAAUUGUCCCAGUGAAUAGUUUUCGGGAGAGGAAAACCGUAUAUGACCAAGAAUUUCGUGUCCAGGUUAAAGUGAGGAAGUGAUUUGCAAAUCGAAGAACGCUAGAAAGGAAAACGUUACAACCAGAAUGAGGUGUAUCAGGAUAAACGACCCGAUGGUUAUGAUAGCCCUGCUUUUGGCACUAAGCUGGAUGAAUUUCGGCACCACACAAGCAUUCGAUUCACAUCUGAGGGGUCCCUCGUUCGUCAUGGAACCACCGCCGCGGCUCGAGUUCUCCAACUCUUCCGGCGGUUGGUUGGACUGUUCAGCCUCGGGAAGCCCCCAGCCCACCAUCGAUUGGCUCUCGGUGGACGGAACAUCCGUCGGAGACGUCGGUGGAGUUCGACGGGUGCUUCGGAACGGCACUCUAGUGCUGCUUCCGUUUCCUGCAGCGGCCUUUCGGCAGGACAUCCACAAUACAAUCUAUCGAUGCGUAGCGUCGAACACCGUGGGGCGUGUAAUCUCCCGAGAUGUUCAAGUCCGAGCAGUGGUUGCUCAAGCGUACAAAGUCGACGUCGAAAUGCUGGCAGCGUCCCGAGGCUGUACCGCAAUUCUGCGUUGUGUAGUGCCUAAUUUUGUUAAAGAGCUAGUACGGGUGGUAUCCUGGGUGCAGGAACCUGCCUUUUACAUCUAUCCCUCGCUGCAGGGUGAUGGAAAAUAUCACCUGCUUCCCACGGGCGAGCUUCUAGUGCACAAUCUAGAGUAUAACGACCGGUAUCCUUCGUACCGGUGUAGGACAAUGCACAAACUCACGCGGCAGGUCGUCACCAGCAGUGCGGCGAAGAUCCGGAUGAACGAUCAACGUGGCAUCGUGUCGCCUAGCGUAGUGGAGCACACGUCACACGUAUCAGUGUCGCAGGACGAAGGGGCCGUUUUACUUUGUGUGGCCCAAGGCUGCCCAUCGCCUGAAUAUCGAUGGUACACCCAUAACGGACCGGAGCCGAUUCCCGUCUCAUCCGGGCCACGGAUACGACUGCUGGGGCCGGUGCUAGCCAUCGAAGCCGUCACAACGGAAGACGGUGGAGUGUACAAGUGUUCCGCUUCGAAUGCCGGAGGUGAAGCCAGCGCCGAUUUGCGGCUAACGGUUUCGACGCCGAUCCACGUUGAGAUAUCGCCAAACGUUCUUAGUGUUCACAUGGGUGGAAUGGCCGAGUUCCGUUGUUUGGUUACGGCCAACGGAAUGACAGCCGGUCCACAGCACAUCACCUGGUUCAAGGACGGCCGACAGCUGCCCAGCUCUGGCAGGGUGGGAGACACGCUGCAAGUGACCGGCGUCACCAAAGAGGACAAGGGCAUGUACCAGUGCGUCGUUCGGCGGCAGGAAGGGGACUCGUUUCAAGCGUCCGCCGAACUGCAACUUGGUGAUGCCCCGCCAUCGCUAGUGUACAGCUUUAUCGAGCAAACCCUUCAACCGGGACCAGCCGUAUCACUCAAGUGUUCCGCCCAGGGAAAUCCAACGCCUCAUAUCUCGUGGACGCUCGAUGGGUUCCCCCUGCCAACCAAUGGAAGGUUCAUGAUUGGCCACUACGUAACGGUGCACGGAGAUGUGAUAGCUCACGUGAACAUCAGUCACGUCAUGGUGGAGGAUGGCGGCGAGUAUUCGUGCAUAGCAGAGAACCGAGCUGGGAAAACGUCCCAUUCGGCACGGUUAAACAUCUAUGGACUGCCGUACAUUCGCCUGAUACCCAAGGUGACCGCAGUGGCCGGACAAACGCUGUACCUGAAAUGUCCGGUCGCGGGUUAUCCCAUCGAGGAGAUUCAUUGGGAACGAGGUGGACGAGAGCUGCCAGAGGAUAUGCGCCAGAAGGUGCAAACAGAUGGAACGCUGGAGAUCAAAGAGGUGCAAAAAUCUCUGGAUUCGGGCGUCUACACUUGCUGGGCACGAAACAAACAGGGACACAGUGCCCGACGGAGCGGUGAAGUUACUGUGAUAGUUCCUCCCAAUAUCGAGCCUUUCUCCUUCCAAGACGGCCUGGCCGAGGGCAUGCGAACCCGUACCGUAUGUGGUGUAUCCAAAGGUGACCAGCCAAUGUCUUUCAAGUGGCUCAAAGAUGGUGACCCGCUAUCCUCUAUGCUCGGUGCCAACGUGUCCACUCUCGAUCAGUAUUCGUCCCUCCUCAAUAUUCCCUCCCUAUCAGCGGCACACUCCGGUGAUUACACGUGCGUCGCCAGCAAUCCAGCGGCCGAGGUGAAGUUCACUGCGUCGUUACAGGUAAAAGUUCCACCUCGCUGGAUUGUUGAACCGAUCGACGUGAGUGUGGAACGAAACCGCCACAUUAUGCUGCACUGCCAAGCACAGGGAGUCCCCACUCCGACCAUCCAGUGGAAGAAAGCAACAGGAAGCAAAUCGGGCGACUAUGAAGAGGUUAGGGAAAGAGCCUACACGAAGCUACUUACGAACGGCUCUCUACUGCUACAACACGUCAAAGAGGAUCGAGAGGGAUUCUACCUCUGUCAGGCUCACAAUGGAAUUGGAACUGGAAUUGGGAAGGUCAUUCAGUUGAAAGUGAACUCAUCACCCUAUUUCUCGGGACAAUCCAAAAUGGUAACGGUGAAGAAGGGAGAUACAGCAAUCAUGCAGUGCGAAGUUAAAGGUGACAAACCAAUCAACGUGGUUUGGCUACGCAACGGAAAAGUUGAACUGAAUCCAUCCAACAACUAUCGCGUAUCGAUUAAGCAAGAUGCCACACCUGAAGGCAUCCAUGCUGAAGUGCAAAUAUCCAGCGUAGAGAGUAGCGACAGUGGCGCCUAUUUCUGUCAGGCUAGUAACCUCUAUGGACGUGAUCAACAGUUGGUGCAACUGCAGGUUCAGGAACCGCCGCAACCACCUUCUUCUUUAGAAACAACAAUGAUCUCUAGCCGAUCAGUGAAUCUGAAGUGGCAUCCACGGGGUGGAGACGCUGCCGAAGUAACCAAAUAUAUUGUGGAGUACCGAGAAAUUGAUCGCCAGUGGAUGUACAUGGAACUUGACCCACCGAAAUACGCAGCAAGUAUCGAAAACUUGAAACCUGCCACCAACUACGUAUUCAGAGUUAUAGCUGAAGGACCAGCUGGUCGGAGUGCUCCAAGUCAAGAACUAUUCAUUAAAACCGAACCUCAAAGACCAGCAGGAGCACCUCUAAAUCUCUCAGCUAGACCAAUCUCCUCAACGGAAAUUCUUGUCAACUGGAUGCCACCUACCUACGAGCUUAGACACGGUGAAAUUCAAGGCUACAGUAUUGGAUUCCGUUCGAUGCACACUAAUUCCAACAGCUAUAACUACACCUCUGUAUCAGGCGAUGGCGAGGAUGGCACUGGAGAGCUGCUUUUAGGGAACCUUGCCAAAUACACUCGUUACACAAUAGUAGCCUCAGCAUUCAAUCAAGUUGGAUCUGGACCCCAAUCAGAACCCGUAACCGCGCAAACCAUGGAGGAUGUACCUAGCAAACCUCCUGAAGACAUACGGUGCUCAUCGACAAGCUCUACUUCAAUCAAAGUGUCUUGGCAGCCACCACCCCAACAGCAUAUGAAUGGUCUACUGCAAGGAUACACCGUAUACUACGAAUCCGUUUCCGAGGAAUCCAUCAGCAACGGAGAUAUGGAAACACGCAAGACAAGUUCCCUCAUAGCAUCUCUCACCAGCUUACGAAAAUUCUCAAACUACAGUGUCCAAGUACUCGCUUAUACUCGUAUGGGCGAUGGGGUCAUUUCACCCCCAGUAUUCUGCCAAACCGAGGAAGACGCCCCAGAAGCACCAUCCGAUAUCAAAAUAGCUAUCAGCUCGCCAUCUUCCUUAUACGUAUCAUGGCUGCCGCCUAACGAGCCUAACGGAAUCAUCACACGGUACAAUCUCUACAUGCGCGCUGUUAACGGGCGCGAAGAAAUUAGCAAUGACAAACGUAAUCUACUGCCCCAUCAGCACUAUUUUGAAGCAAAGCAGCUUCAAGGCCACACCGAGUACCAGUUCUGGGUAUCGGCUUCAACUAGCAUCGGAGAAGGCAAAAGCACUAGGGUAGUCUCGCAAAUGACUUCCGGUCGAAUACCAGCGAAAAUUGUCUCCUUCGGAGGCUUGACAAUCAGACCUUGGAAAACGUCGGCUUCGCUCAAUUGUAUGGCAGUGGGACAGCCAAGGCGAGAGUGGUUCAAAGGAGACGUCCUGCUCCGAUCGGGCUCUCAUCAUAACAUCCAAAUUCUAGAUUCAGGAGAAAUCAUAAUCACUAUGCUACAAUCUGCCGAUACCGGAAACUACACCUGUCAGGUGGAUAAUGGAAUCGGAACCGACCGACUGACGCACAAUUUGCUAGUUCAAGUUCCUCCUGGACCGCCGGUCCUGUACGUAACCAGUGCUACCUCCAGCAGCAUUCUACUACAUUGGAAAAUCGGAUCAACUGGAAAUGCGCCAAUCACUGCGUUCUCAUUACACUACCGAAGAGUACACGGAAACCUAGAAGAACUACAAAUUUCUCGGCAUGGGCAAAGCCACGAGCUCAAAGGUCUGUUCUGCGGAACAACCUAUCAAAUUUAUUUGGUAGCGCACAACAAAAUCGGAUCGUCACCCGCCAGUACUACGCUGAAUCUACGAACUCAGGGACAAGCCCCCGGUAUCCCGACGGCAGCAGCGCUGGUGGCUCCAAAUUCUACGUCAGUUGUUCUGCGGUUGAACGCAUGGCCCGACAAUGGUUGUCCCAUCCUGUACUUCGUGGUGCAGUAUCGGUCAAUGGCGAACAGUUUGGACGAUGAGUGGCACCUGGCGUCCAAUGCGCUCAAAAUGCAACGCAGAUAUACCGUAGCCGGUCUGCUGCCGUCCACGCUCUACCAGCUGAAGGUCGAGGCUCAUAAUGUGGCUGGUUCGACCACUGCCGAGUACAACUUUGUGACGCUCACCAAAGAUGGAGAUCCACCCCCACCGGAUCUUCUGCACCGAGGCCACCGUUCGCAAGUAUUCUACAGCAACAUCCAGCUGCUGAUACCGAUCAUCAUCACCAUCACGGCAACCAUCAUCUGCAUAGCGUUCACGGUAGUUUGCUACAAAUAUCGUGAGUAUAUUGUCUUGUUCUGUUUGGGUUACGGCUCUGAGCCGCCUCGUUACUUCCCAGGCCAACGUGGUCGGGAGCGGAAGGACACGAUGGAAGGCAACCAACAGAGUACGGACGCCCAGCGGGACCGGUACUACGCUACCAUUCACAAGGUGGCACUGCAAGCUGGCGACAAGAUACCAGAAACUUCCGAGGACAUUUCCCCGUAUGCCACUUUCCAGCUAUCCGAAGCAAGCACCCUGGCUCAGCCUCACCACAGCGGACCAGCCAACACACUUCUGCACUCCUUCAUGUACCACGAACGUGCCAUGACCGAGGGAUGCGCUUCGCCACCUCCAGCAGCGGUACUGAGACAGCUUCAUAAUCAAUCGCCUUACUAUAAUAUUAAUUCAUCGAAAGGUCGUCGGAGGCAUUCGCGUAAAACAGAGCCUGAAAGUGAAGAAUCGGACUCUGAUCAGGACCAGCUAACGUCGAGUCGGACAGAGUCUUCGAAUCAGCUGGAUGCCAAGAUCAAGCAUAGUAAGGAAGACCUUCUACAACCAGCCGCCUGUGGGGAUGAUGAGCUCGUCUAUAACCAGCAUUUCAUGCGUUCCAUUCCAGGUCUCAUCUAUCAUGGCACGCAAUCGAGCACCUCAUCCGACCUGUCACCGAUGUCUGAACAAAAAUCACUACCUCGUCGUGGCAGAUCAAGGGGAACAAUGAGAUCCUUACUUACACCACUACAUUUACCCGACAAUACCCCGGGAGGCGGUGGCGGUCCGCUGUUCCACCAGGUGCCGAUCGAGAGCGGAACUCCGGACCGCCUGGAGCUGUCGGAGGCGGAGUGCGACAUCGACACGAUCAAGAAGCUGAAGCUGGGUAUGCGUUCGUCUCUGUGGUCCCGACCCCAGCAAAGCCAUAAUCUGACAGCAGCCAAUGCAGCGGCCAAUGGUGCCAGCGGUGGACCUGGCGGGGGUGGCAACCUCAGCACAACCCAAGCCCCAGGUGGACACCCGUCCGAUUACUCCAUUGCGGUUUAAUUGCUGGAUACCUAAGUCAAAAAUUCCUAGAAAAACGAACUUUCUUCGCGCAAAAGUACUUGAUAAAAGCAUGUAUGCAGGAUUUUUACGGACACACUUUUUUAAGACGGCAAAUUGAACUGAUCGGCAUCAACGGAGGGGGCUCAGGCGAAGGGUAUGACAGCAAGGAAAACUCUUUGUCGGUCAUGUUGCCGAUACCUAUGAGGCUGACUAUCGCUAACGCGUUUUAAAAAUACAAGGGUAAUGUUCCAAAUUUUACAAUCUACUUUACUGAAUAGCGAUCGAUGACUAGCAAAGGUGAGUUUUGAAAUUUGCUUGGAACUAUUAGAAUAACACAUAUUCACCCACUAUCAGAAUGAAAAAUUGCAGUUCAAAUCGAUUCUAAGCUGGGCUACACACGAUUGUAAUUAUUUCAGGGAUAGUCAUUAUUCUGCACAGAUUUUAUACGAAAAAAUCUAAGUCAAGUCUAUUUAAGAUGGGAUUCCUAUUAAUUUCUAUUAAGAUAAUAAGAUGAUCUGUUCCACUUAGAAUUUGGCCGCACAAAAUAAGUAUUUUUUUUCAAAGAGAAAAGGGAAAUACUGGGGAAAAGGAUUUAUCAGCUUUUCAGAUGAGUUUUUGUUGAAGUUCACCAAUAAAUUCUUGCACAAUACCAUAGUUUUUCAAAA